AGUCAUACUCAUACGCCGCACAUUGGCGGCGGCGGGUACUUAAACAGCGUCUAAGGCAAAGUUCCGGGGAUUAACGGACGCUCGCGAAUCCUCAAUCAUUUCUUAAUUCCCUUUUGAAAAACCGAACUUCAAUUCGCCAGUGUCGUUUGGGACGAGCACCAGCUUAGGCUUUGUACUUGAUUAUCAUCCCAAUCCCAUGGAUCCAGCAACUCUCAAGAGCGAACCUGAUGCCCCCCGGAAGAGGAGAUUCAUGCCAAAAGCUCCCCCUAGCCGGGUACCAAAGGCUGAAGUAAAAGCUGAAGUAGUUGAAGAAACUGAUGCGGACCAGGCCAGGGUUUUGUUGAGACGCUUCAAUGAAGGUUCAACAAGGGCGAAGCCAAAAGUCGAGAAGAAAGUGGCAGCUGCGCAAGUUGCAUUUGGUUAUGGCGGUGCAUCAAACACCAUAAGAUCAUAUGGUGUUCCUAAGGGUGGUUAUAGGAACUCUCAAGGUCCACCUGCUACCCAUGGAGCAUUUCCUUCGGGCACACGACAGGAGAAAGAAUACAAAGAACCAUGGGAUUAUUACAGUUAUUACCCUUCAACUCUUCCUUUUAGGAGACCCCAUUCUGGAAAUCCAGAAUUUCUUGAUGAGGAGGAGUUUGGGGCAGACACAGAAACUAUAAACUAUGACGAAACUUCCGCAAAAGCAGCUACAGAACUUGGUCUAGUGGAGGAGAAUCCCGAAACCAGUAUGAUCUUGCUUCAGCUACCUCCAAUUAUGCCGUUGAUGAAACGAUCAGCUAACACUGCAGCUGGACAAGAGGCAACCAAAAGCUCACCCGCACCUGUGGUUGCACAGGCCACGCACAAGGCGUGUGCUUUGCACGAGUUACCAGCAGGCUUCAUGGGGAAAAUGCUCGUGUACAGGAGUGGUGCCAUCAAGCUGAAGAUCGGAGAUACCCUUUAUGAUGUGUCCUCAGGUAUGGAUUGUGUUUUUUCACAAGAUGUUGUGGCUAUUAACACUGUGGAGAAACACUGUUGUGCUGUUGGGGAGCUCAAAAAGCGAGCCGCUAUAACCCCUGAUGUAGACUUCAUUUUGCAGAGUAUGGCUGAUUUAUGAUUGUUUCUGCUCUUUCCCCCACACAGAAUUUUGCCUUAUAGAUUAUUCAAACUGAUGUGUGUUUUUUGUAUGAAAAUUAUAGAUGUUCUUGAAUUCUCUUUCUUAGGCUUCUAUUUGUUAAAAACAGAGAAGAAAGAUGAAGAAGUUCCGAUCUAGAGAUUAAAUAUCAUUUUACAGAUGUUGUGUACUACUAGUGUGUUGGAACUCAUUUGAAAUAAAUCUGCCCCAAGAAUUUCUCUCU